AGAGGUAAGAAAUUAGAAUGCUUGCGAAUACCGGACGAAGAAAUUGUUGAUAGUAGGCUAGAUAGUAGAUACUCGUCCUAAAGUUCAAACUGGACGAUGAUGUUUGUAAAUGGAAAUCCACCCGAGGAGUUUUUUUGUUGAAAAUGACGAUCGACUUGUAAGGUGAUAGAAGAAUAAUGAUGACAAUAAUGCGGGUGAAUUAGUGUUUUGUGCGAUGUUAUUGUCAGUGGUGUUGAAAUUCGAUCACUUGUGCAGUCAGAGUUCCCGUUGCACCGGAGGCAAAAGCUGUAGCAGACGGUGUCGGUAUUAAUUUGGACAAUUAUUCUCCAAUAAACUUAGUUAGAUUGUUGGUAAUGGAUGCCAAUGUUAACCGAAACGGAUAUUAGCUGCAUAUCGAUGAAUUGGAUCUCAAUAUUUGAAACAUGAGUACGAGUUUUAAGAGUUACGUUGAUUUGGAUAAAAGCGAUCAGACGCUUGACAGCAGUGCGGAUGAAUCUUUCAACGAGCAACUGACACCGAAAACGUUACGCGGCGAAAUGAUCAUAGCGAAAGCUCAUUAUGUGCUGCUUUUCACUCCGAUUACCAGCCAGAAAAAUGGUAAAUCUGGCGUUCUAACGGUUACCAACUUUAGAUUAUCGUUCGUUACAUCCGAAGAUAAACCCGCCGAAGAUUCGUUGUAUCAAGAAAACUUUUUUUUGGGACAAUACGACGUAUGCCUGUCUAAUGUCGAUUCGCUGUAUUUAUUCGCAAAUGACAAAAAGAAAAAACUAUUACCUGAUACACGAGUUCCUGAUAAAGUGAAAACGCUUCAAGUUUUAUGUAAAAAUAUGAAAGUAUUAACGUUUAGUUUUAAAUUUUCGCCUGUGGGACAUGGUAAACAGUUGACCACUGGUUUACUGCAUCAUGCCUUCCCUAAACGCCAUCGGCUUCUAUUUGCUUACGAUUACAGCGAACCGUACGUAGAGUACAAAACUCAAGUACCUAACUUUCGAAAUCCAGAAUCGUGGGAACAAGAAAUGGAAAGAACCGGAUGUAAAGGAUGGCGUAUAUCGCGACUAAAUCGAGAUUUUAUUUUUUCUCCUAGUUUACCACAAGUGUUCGUAGUUUGCAAAGACGUCAGCGAUAAGCAAAUAAACGAAGCGGCGCAGUAUUUUCGUUGUAAACGGCCUCCGUUGUGGUGUUGGAGUUCGAAAAGCGGAGCUGCUUUGGUUAGAAUGGCUGAUUUAAUUCCCGCUGAUCAAGAUCGUUAUAGAAGUCACGAAAACACUAUGCUGGAGAGCGUUAGGCGUUCGCAUCCGCGUAAGACUGCGCCGAUAGUUAUCGACCUCACUAAGGACGCGCCAUCACCUCGUGAUUUGGAGCUGAGUUACGCAAAAUUACGAGAAUUAUGCGCACCGGAUAGUUCGAGACAAUUUUGGAUACAAGACAACCAUUUCUAUUCCUUGUUGGAGAGUUGCAAAUGGCUGUUGUAUGUUUCUAAUUGUUUGGUUAAAGCUGACGAAUCUGCUAAAUUAUUGCGUAAAGAAAUUACCGUCGUUCUUCAAGAAUUGGAGGGUCGCGAUAUUUGUUGCGUUGUUUCUUCUUUAACGAUGUUGCUGCUUGAUCCGCAUUACCGAACGUUUAAUGGUUUUCAGUCUCUUAUCCAGAAAGAAUGGGUCAUUAUGGGCCAUCCGUUUUGUUCUAGACUUAGUCACGUAUACACUCAGGAAGAUAAUCAACAAAGUCCAGUUUUCUUAUUAUUUUUAGACUGCGUUUGGCAAAUCUUGCAGCAAUUUCCCACCCAGUUUGAAUUCACCGAGACGUAUUUAACGACGUUAUGGGAUUCGGCGCAUAUCUCUAUAUUCGAUACUUUCCUAUUCGAUUGUGACAAGGACAGGCUGAAUGCGGUCAAUGAUUCGCAGAACCCUUUGGUGCUGCGCAAUAUUUGGGAUUGGGGAGAAAUGUUUCCGGAUAAAGACAUAUCUUUGUUUUAUAACCCUCUCUACGUUGAACCACCUUCACUUACGCCAUCUGAGCCGUUAUGUAUUCAACCUUACGUUUCGGAUUUACAACUUUGGUCGCAAUGUUAUUUUAGGUUUUUACCUUUGUUGGAAAUUACCGAAGGUGGUAAGCCCCAGAUUGAUUUGACUGCACGAGCUUUACUUUCGGAAGAUGAAUCGUCGGAGGACGUAUUUUCGGGCGCUUAUCACGUCGGAUCGUUUUUUCCAUUCACGCAUUGGAGAACGCAGACCAAAGUUCCACCUUCGUCUUUAUACGUUAAUACUAGUUUUACCCUAAAUAACAGCGACGUACAGCUUGAUACUCAAUCUGUAAUGACUGUAACGCAUUUAUAACAUCUACUACCGAACUUCAGUAUUUAUUUUUCUAACAAGUGCAUUGGUAGUCUUCCUGCUGUAAUUAUUUUUUAUUUGACAAUAUUUUAUCAUUUUAUGUACCUGAGUCAUUUAAGAAAGUAUUGUAUUUCGCGUGAGAAA